UUUUGAAAUUACCAAGUGUAUAUAUUUUAAAUGUUUCGUGUUAAAUACAAAUGGUGCGCAUUCGGGGAGUAAAAUGUGGGUUAGCACAUGAUAACCAUCUGCUACGACAGCCGAAUACAACAAUUAAGGAUCCAAAACUCAUUGAAUUUGUUCGUAAACGACGGAUUGAUUUUCGCGAAAAACUUAGACGAGCUCUAGAACUGAAACGAGCGCAACAACAAAGAUCCUUGGAGUUGUCCUCUUCAGUUACAGAUCAAGAUGAUACCAUUACUGGUCGACAACAACGAGUGCUGCGUGCGGCAAAAAAAGGUUCAACCACUACAACAACGACUACUACAGCAGUCAGUGAAAAGCAAAUAAGUAGCUCACAAUCAACAAUUGACGAGGGUCCAUCCACAAGUGCUGCAGCAGCAGCGAAGCUGAAACGUAAAAAACAGGAAGCGAUGCGACGCCGACAUGGACUUGUGCAUGUUGUAGGUGAUGACGCGGCCGACGCUGAUGAUGAUGACGAUUAUGAGCCAAGUCCAAAUGCUGUAAAUGGCACACGCUUACCGCACAUACAGCCUAUACCUAAGAGGAGAAAAUUUGUACAUGCAAAUCCAGAUGUCCUAAAUAUCUACAUGGCGGGCCUGACCGGUGGAUAAUUCUAAUGUGUUUCAUUAUAAUUCAUAAUAAUAAUAAUUUAUUCAGACGACUGAUAUUUGUACAGAUUUAUACUGUUGUAGUCAUACGUAAAUAUGUUAAAUUAAAAAUUGUUACCUCAUAAAGAAUAAAA